AUGCGCCUCCUCACAGUCAUAGUCGCGACAUUGCUUUCAGUUGGCCAGCAGGUAUUCGCCUCACUCGACGUCACUAUUGCCACAGGGACUUUCCGCGGGGUCACUACCACGAACGGGACCGAAAAAUGGCUGGGUCUUCGCUUUGCCCAACCGCCUAUUGGCUCGCUUCGCUUCAAGGCACCAGUCCCAGUCACCAAAACCGUAACCGGCAUCCAAAAUGCGUCAUCCUUUGGCAAUGCAUGCCCGCAACCGGCCUCAUCUCUUGGAGCGCCAAUUUCCGAAGACUGUUUAUUCUUGAAUGUGUUCAGACCACAGGGAACGACUUCUAACUCCAAACUCCCGGUCCUGUUUUGGAUUCAUGGUGGAGCAUACACCAGCGGUGCGGCGUCAGAUCCACAAUUCAAUCCAAGUCUGCUGCUUCAACGCAGUAUCCAACUUGGCAAACCAAUGAUAUUCGUGUCGACGAACUACCGCGUCAACACUUUUGGCUUUCUCGCCAGCGAAAGCGUCCCACCUCCAGAUCUCAACGCUGGGUUGCAAGACCAACGGAUGGCCAUGUUGUUCGUGAAGAACAACAUUGCAGCAUUUGGUGGUGAUCCAUCCAAGGUCACGAUUUGGGGUCAGUCUGCUGGGGCUGGGAGCGUUGAAGCCCAUUUACUGUACCCCGCUUCCGAGUCACUAUUUCGCGCAGCGAUUGCAGAUUCAUCAACGGGGCCUUUCAAAAACUCGCCCGAUGUAAGCACCUUCGAUAAACCUGGAAAGCCCUUCGCACGUCUCCUGGCGGCGACUGGUUGUGCUCCUGGUCCCAGUGCAUUCGUUUGUCUGCAAAAGGUUCCUUUCGAUACGCUGAUGAAUGCCAGUAAUACCAUGAUCUUAAACACUCUCAACAACCAAUUGUGGCAACCUUCUGUUGGUCCCAAGGGCAGCAUGGUCACGCAACGCGCUUCCGAAGUCAUUGCCUCGGGCAAGUUCAUUCGUGUUCCUUAUCUUGGUGGAACGAAUGUUAACGAGGGAACAACAUUCAGUGCUUCCGUCAGAAAUCUUGGAUUGAGUGGCUCAGCAGAGGACACUGCAUUCGUCAACUACAUUGGACACCUCGUAAUCGACAACAGCACACUCCCAACCCAAGUCUUUGCUCGCUCCUUGGCCCUCUUCCCGGCGAACGAUCCCGCUUUGGGAUCUCCAUUCAAUGUCGCAGGCGAUUCGCUCUUCAAUAGAGCUGCGGCAUGGUAUACUGGACUGAUGUUCUUGACCCCACGACGAAGCUGGUUCGAGGCUGCGUCGGCUCAUAUGCCUAUGUUCGCAUACUAUUUCCGCGAAUUUAUUCCUGGCAGCGAUGUAACACUCGGGGUUUUCCACGCUUCCGAGCUUGAACUCUUCUUUGGCCCCUUCCCAGCUGUUGAAACCGCGCUUUCUCAACAAAUGCUAGCGUUCUACGUCAACUUCGUCAACGAUCUUAACCCUGGGCCGACUUGGCCUGCUUACAAAACAGGUAGCUCUCGUGCGGUGAUGCAGCUUAUCCGUAACAACCUCACGAUGAUUCCUGACGACUGGGAUACUGACAAGACCAAUUUCUUCAAUUCACCUUUGGUUCUCAACGCGUUUGAGAAGUAG